GAUUCCACUGCGCCCCGGUUCGCCACCAAAUAACGACGACGAGGACGACGAGGACGACGACGACGACGCAGGGACUCAGCCGUUAUGCCUGCGAACGCUCAUGAUGCACCCGACCGUGACUAGGGCGGGCGGACUGAGGGAGACCAGCAGUGUGCGUCACCUGUGCUGCCUCCCCCCCCCUCCCUUGUCUGCUGUCCUAUGUUCUGAUUCGUUUUCGCAACGGUUUGUUAUCACCACGGAUAGAGCAACCAGACCCAGCAAGCAGGGAAAUAAAUGAUGGUAUUGUUUAUUACGCCGCCGAGUUCCCAGAUCCU